AUGUUAAACAACCAUUCUACAUCCUCUCUUUGCAAAAGCAAGAAGGAAUAUGAGGUCAUUAGCAUCAAUCAGAAUGGUUCAGGUUUUUUGGUCUCGACUGUCAAAGAAAAGAACACAGACAAGGAAUUCUUCAUGUAUUCAUUUCAAUCUGGGAAUGAAUAUUUUAUGAAUUUAAUUGUGAAAUCUUCUCCCUAUCUCGUUCCGAUGGUAGAUGUUAUUUUUGAACAGGUUCCUGAUAAUCAAAUAUCUGACAGCUAUCUUGAAGUUGAAAUAUUGAGAAAUGAUCAUCAAAUUGUGGAAGAAUCCUUUUCAAAACUUGAAAUUGUUAUUCCAAAAUCUGAGUGCUCUCUUCUAGAAUUUUUGAAUGGCGAGAAGGUUAUUCAUUGCAAUGAGAGUGAUCAGAUUUUAUUGGAGUGGGUUUUACAACUAAUUAAGGGUGUGAAAUCAUUGCAUGAACAAGGAUUUGUUCACAGAAAUAUCAUUCCAUUUCAUAUACAUAUCUAUUCUGAUGAGGAAGGGAAAUAUUUUGUGAAAUUGGGAGGAACUUGGAGUUCAUGUCAAAUUGGUUAUAAGGAAGAGCCCUAUAAUUCAGAAAUCAAAGCUCCAGAAAUAAGAAUUGGUGAUGAGGAAUUUGACUAUUUACCAAGUUUGGAUAUUUAUUCGUUGGGAAUAACUAUUUCUCAAAUAUUGGAACGGGUUAAGGUUUCAGAUUCAAUAUUGUCACUUGUGAACAGUUUCAUUGAUCAAAUGACAAGUGAAGAUCCAGAACAGAGACCAACUAUUGAUGAUUGCUUUUGGUUUUUCAAAAGACAUUUAUAUCCACCAAAACCAUAUCGAUUUACCAACAAAUUAUUUGAUUGUUUCAUUAAAUUCUCUCAAUAA